CCUCCCCGGCUGACUCAGGGUCCUGUGGAGUUAGUCACAUUCACUUAUAGCUGCAGAGUCAGAGGCCAGGGAUGGGAUCGGGUCUCCAAGGCCCUCCCCUGCCUGGCAGGACACUGAGUCACCUGGCAGAGAGCACGGCACCCAGGAAGGGCUGGACCCCACGGCUCCCAAGGCCCUCCACUGCCACUCCGCAGCAGGGACAGGCAGCAGGGAGAGGCAGCCACGCUCUCGUGCCCCCCAGGGGAAAGCGGAGAGUGUGCAUUCAGCUCAGGGCCUCUAAGUGAACUCCAUGGGCAUUUAUUUUUAAAUUGUGGGAUAUAUCAUACAUGCUACAGAGUGCAUUAGAUGCUUUUUUUUUAAUUUAAAGAAUCACUAUGUGGUGAACCUGUGUAACCACAGCCAGAACAGGAAGUGAGAUCUCAUUAGUGGGCCUAAAACUCCACUAGCACCUACCCCCUGCCCUCCACCUGGAGGUAACCCCUGUCCUGUCCUUCUCUGCUCUCCUUGUGGCCUCACCGCCUAAAGAUGCGCCUUGUGGAAGAGAGCCUGGUGUCACCGCCAUCUGCAUUUAAUGUAGGUGGGCCCCCCCUGGCUUGGUGCCCUGCUCGCCACUGUACCUGUCUGGUCACCCAGGGGGCUGACGUGCGCUGUCUCAGUGCACAUUCUGGUUUACAGGCUCACGUGUGCUCUGAGGUCACUGGUGCAGGCCACAGUAGUGGGGCAGCUGCUUUCUCCAGGUUCGGGCUCUAGCAAACUCUGCCCAGAUGUUUGCCCGCACAUCUCCCAGACCACGUGUGUGAAAGCCGCCGGGCCUAUAACUGCUUGGUCCUAGAGUCGCACGUUUGCCAUUUUACUAGAUCCUCUGUCACUUUUUCCAAAGGGAUUUCUUCCCAGCAAGGUCACGAUCCCUCCAGCAGUGAGCAUUCCUGCUGAGCCCUCUCCUCCUGACGCACGGUGUUUACUGCUUGUUCAGUCAUCACCGAUUAUUAUCAGUCCCCUGUUGGAAGGCCUUCUACCCACCCACCUCACCUUGGGCAUCCCAGGUCCCUCUUCUCCAGGACCCUCAGCCUCAUGCAGCAUGAGGAAGAAGCCCCAGAGAUGUGGGACUCCGGGGGCAGAGAUGGGCAUGCUCCCCAGGAAGGCUGUUCUGGGCCCCAGAACCCAGGCUGAGAAGCGCUGGCCACAAGUGGCCCCUCGGAGGCAAGCGCACAGCCUGACCCAGGUUUGCUCUCCAAACAGAAGCUCUUGUUCCCGCUGCCCUGAGCCCGGGCACUGGCUCCCGGUGCUGUCCUAUCUCACCCAUCUGUACCCUCCUCCCAUCUGGGCACCAGCGCCCUGGCUGCUGAGAUCCAAUCAGGGGGCACGUGCUCUUUAGGGGACCCUUGUAGUCCCUCCGCCAGAGCUAUUCCUGGCCUAGGCACCUCCCCACCCCCAGAUCCCAGAGCCUGACCUGACCUCACAGCUGGGAAUCACUUGGCGGGGGGCGGGCCAGCCCCUGACUAUAUAAGCUUGGACCGAGAUGUCCCAGGCACCCUGGAGACCCAGACCUCCCUCCCAGCCCCUGCAAAGUCCAGCCCGGCACCCCCAGCAGGCCAGCGAUGACAGGAAAAUCCACCCCGGAGGCCCCCCCAUGUGGUCCAGAGGAGUCUGCCUCUGCGUCUGCCAAGGUGCCCACCGCAGAGCCCUCUGGAGGAGCGGCAGCAUCGGGGUCUACAGGGGAGGAGCAGGUGCCCACGCCUCAGGGGCCUGCCCCCCAGGUCCCUGCACCCCCCACAGCCCCCGCAGCCUCUAAACCUGCACCUUCCAACGCAGACCUCCCUGGUGCCCCCCUGCUGCUGGCCGUGGAGGAUGUGAGCGACAGCUCGGUGACUGUGAGCUGGGAGCCCCCCGAGACGCUAGGGAGGCUGGGGCUCCAGGGCUAUGUGCUGGAGCUCCGCCGAGAGGGAGCCUCAGAGUGGGUGCCCGUGAAUGCCCGGCCCGUGAUGGUGACCCAGCAGACCUUGCGGAACCUGGCUCUAGGGGACAAGUUCCUCCUGCGUGUGGCUGCAGUGAGCUCGGCGGGGGCUGGCCCGGCGGUUGUGCUGGACCAGCCUGUCCACAUCCAGAAGAUCGUAGAGGCCCCCAAAAUCCGGGUCCCCCGCCACCUCCGUCAGACAUAUAUCCGCCAAGUGGGAGAGACAGUCAACCUGCAAAUCCCCUUCCAGGGGAAUCCGAAGCCUAAGGCCUCGUGGACCCACAAUGGCCACUCCCUGGACACCCAGCGGGUGAGCGUGCGCACGGGGGCCCAGGACUCCAUCCUGUUCAUUCGCUCGGCCCAGCGCUCCGACUCAGGCUGCUAUGAGCUCACCAUGCAGCUGGAAGGCCUGGAAGCCAAGGCAGCCAUCAACAUCCUGGUGAUUGAGAAACCUGGAGCCCCCAGCAGCCUCAGGCUACUGGACGUCUGGGGCUGCAACGCUGCCCUUGAGUGGACACCGCCCCAGGACACAGGCAACACAGAGCUCCUGGGCUACACUGUGCAGAAAGCAGACAAGAAGACAGGGCAAUGGUUCACGGUGCUGGAACGCUACCACCCGACCUCCUGCAUCAUCUCCGACCUCAUCGGGGGAAACUCCUACUCCUUCCGGGUCUUCUCGGAGAACCUGUGCGGCCUCAGUGCCUCAGCCGCCUCCACCAAGGAGCUCGCUCACAUCCAGAAGGCAGGUAAUGUUGCCAAACCUAAAGGGUUUGUGGAGCGAGACUUCUCCGAAGCCCCCUCAUUCACCCAGCCCUUGGCCGACCACACCUCCACCCCCGGCUACAGCACGCAGCUUUUCUGCAGCGUCCGCGCGUCCCCCAAGAGAUCCGGAAACCCAGCCCCUUCGAUUCUGGGGUCUACACCUGCAAGGCCGUCAACGUGCUCGGGGAAGCAUCUGUGGACUGCCGGCUGGAGGUCAAAGCCUCAGCCACACACUGAAGAGCUGCCAGAGGAGGCUGCGAUCAGGCGAGGGUGCCACAGGCCCAAGGGCCCAGAAUCAAGCUCCCCGGAUGCUCCAGACGCCAUGUCCAUAGUGACAGCUGAUGGCUGUGCUCUCCGGUCCCUGCCAAGCUCCCUCCCCCAGGGGCUGGAGCCCAAAGGUCCCAGGCCAGGCCUCCUGGGCACAAGGGGGCCCGGAAGUUACCCGGAUUGGAGUUACCCCUGCAGAGAGUGGCGCAGGGGGCAAGAGGCACUCAAAUAAAGGUGUGUGGUGUUAGAGUGCGGGGGCCUCUGUGACGGUGAGCAUCAUCGUGUGGGGGAGGCGCUGUGUCACCGGGAGGGGGUGUCGAAUGCGUCACUAUGAGGGGUCUCCCCAUGACACCAUGAGGAAGGCGCCUGCGGGACAGGCCUCCAGAUGUCAUGGGGGUCUUCCAGACAUGAGGUUUUUUGGGGUCUUGCUUUUGCAUUCAGGGUUUGCUACCCCAAGAGCAUAACUAUAGCAACAGACACAGCCUU